UCGGACCGUCCGAUUUCUUUGCAGUAGAAAGGAGAACACAAAUCGAACGGUCCAAUUUGUGUGUGAAAAAAAUUUUGAAUAUGGUAAUCGGACGGUCCGAUUUCAUGCAUGCUAAAAUUUUUAAUUCGUAUGUUACUAAAAUCAGACGGUCCGAUUUCAUGCACGCUAUAAUUUUGAAUUCGUAUAUGACUAAAAUCGGACGGUUUGAUUUUAGUUCUUUAUAAAAUUUAACUCGGUUGAAAUGCGGUCGGACUAUCCGAUUUUUGGUUUUAUAUAUACCCAACAUUAGCUGAAGUCUUCAUUUCUUCUUCGUCUCUCAAUUCUCUCUUCUGAAAUUCCUUUGGUUCUUUCUUCUUCAUUGUUUCGACAACAACUUCUUCUUCAUUGUUUCAACAGGAACUUUACCAAGAUUGAGAGUGUUUAAUGUGAAUAUAUCAUAAUGGAUGAUAGAGUGAUGUUAAAAGUUUCUUAUCAUGGUCAGAUUUUGUUACAAACAGCUGAAGAAGUGAAGUUUGUGUGUGAAAGUCCAUUAGAUAUCGUUAUUCCAUUCACAUUGUCGUUUGAAGAACUAAAAGGUGUAAUUUGUGAGAAAAUGGAUUCUCAAAUAUCUGAGAGUGUCGUGCAUUUUGUACAGGUACUCUAUAUUUGUAUUUGGUGGGUUCAUUCAGUUUCAAAUCAAAUAUGUAACCAAUGAAGCGAGCAUGCAAGAUAUGUUUUCAGUGUACAUGGAGACUCGCUCACAGAUAUCGUUCAUCGAGUUGUAUAUUGAGUUCGAACAAUCUGAAGUAGACCGAAAUAUUGAGUUGGAAGAUUAUAAUAGUAAUAGCGAGGAGGAGUUCGAAAGUAACUAUGAGGUUGUUGAUCCGGGUGGAGAUGAAGAUCAGGCUGACGGCACCAUGCAGGUAGUGUGGCAGAGGUGGCAAUAUACUAGUAAAUCAGCAUCCGUUUGUGGAGCCUACUUUCAUGCGCUCGCUGGAUUUGGAGGCCAUGCAUGCACCGAAAUUUCCUCAGUAUUUGAAUGCAGCAGAGCUUCCUGUUGUAGCGGAUGGUAAAUUCAUCGUGGGAAUGGAAUUCACUUCUAGGGAGGCAGUGAUUAAGGCGAUGAAAGAUUAUACAAUUCAUCGAGGCAUAGAGUAUCGGGUGUACGAGUCAGAACCAACAACAUUCUAUGCUAAAUAUACACAAUACGGUGCUGGUUGUGACUGGCUGAUCAGGGUUAGUAAAAUAUGCAAGCAGUACUGCUGGGAAAUAAGGAGCUACAAUGGUAGUCACAUGUGUACUAGAGCAACCAUUUCUCAAGACUAUUCGAGAUUGGGUUCCAACACAAUUGCAGAAGCAAUUAAGCCCUUGGUAGAAGUUGACCCAUCUAUAAAGGUGAAAUGAGUCAUUGCGGAAGUAUAGUCAAAGUUUAACUAUACCGUAAGUUAUCACAAAGUAUGGUUAGCAAAGCAGAAGGUAGUGGAGUCAAUUUUUGGCGGUUGAGAAGCUUUGUAUGAAGCUUUGCCCAUAUGGUUUGAGGCCAUGUGUCACAAAGAGCCAUCAGCGGUCGUUCACUUUAAAACAAUGCCUGCGUACAAGGGUGAUGACUUGGUUCCUGACAUUCGUAUUUUACAUUGAGUCUUCUGGAGUUAUUACCCUUGUAUUAGAGCAUUCAGACAUUGCAAGCCAAUAGUGUAGGUAGACGAAACUCAUUUGUAUAGAAAGUAUAAGGGUUGUUUGUUAGUUGCAGUUUCUCAGGAUGGUAACAACAAUAUCGUGCCUAUUGCAUUUGCGAUAGUGGAGGGAGAGACAUCUGAGGCGUGGCACUUUUUUCUCAGUAACUUACAACAGCAUGUGGUGACACGUGACGGUGUGGGCCUUAUCUCCGAUCGACAUGAGUCCAUCAACUCAGCUAUUGCUCGGAGUAACGGAGCCUGGUCUCCUCCUAGAGCUUUCCACAUGUUUUCUAUCAUGCAUAUAGAGUCGAACUUCUUAAGGAAGUUCAAGGAUCCGUACUUACAAAAGCUUAUCGUCAACAUAGGUAAAUUUGAAUACAACAAAAUUUGUUAUUGUCUCAGAUUCUAUUAUAAUGCAUGAUUUUAUAAGGAGGCCUUUUGUGUAUUAUAGGAUAUUCGAGAACGGUUCGCGAGUAUGAGAUACAUUAUCAGCAAUUACGCGAAUGCGGUGAGGCUUACACUAACUAGCUAGACUGGAUCCCACGUGAACAAUAUGCUUUGGCGUUUGAUGGUGGUUACCGAUGGGGUCAUAUGACCACCAAUCUAGUGGAGUGCAUCAAUUCGGUCUUGAAAGGAGCACAUAAUCUCCCAGUCACUGCACUUGUUAAGGCAACAUUUUACAGGCUUAAUGAGUUAUUCACUAGGAAAAGAGCUGAGGCUGAGGCUCGUUUUAAUGCUGGACAUGUGUUCUCUGAGCUUGUGACUUAUAAAUUGCAUGCGAAUCAGCGGGCAUCGGGAAACAUCCAGGUUAGUUACUUUGAUUGACAGAAUGAGGUAUUUGAGGUACGUGAGAUGCCGAGUGGAGUGGAGUAUGCAGUAGACCUACGUCGAAGAGGAUAUGACUGCCGAGAAUUCCAAGUGGAUCGUAUUUCGUGUCGACAUGUAUUUGCUUGUUGUGCAAAUCAGCGGCUUGAUUAGCAAGUGUAUGUUCAUGACGUAUACAAGAUGGACCAAGUUCGAAGAGUAUACAGAGCUAGGUUUAGGCCACUAGGAAAUCCGACAACGUGGCCUGUUGAUAAACCACUAUUUUACAGUUUAUUUUGUAUUGAAUUGAGUGGAUUUUAUCAACUACUCUCAUACUUAUCCAUAUUAAUUACAUGUUUUUAAGUUUCCUUCCUAAUUAUGUGCUAUGAUUGAAAACAUGCUUCUUUGGCCUUAAAUUUGCUA